CGGUGCAGUUUGUGAUGCGAAUGGUCCAGGCGUAAUGGCGACUGCUGAAACAGCAGACUCGGGAUCAACAGUCCCGACAGAUAUUAGGACUCAGUUUUGGAGGAGAGCUCUGCAGCGAGGGGCCAGCAGCAUUCGGAAAAUGGCCCCUGCAGAGCUGCCUGGUUCUUCAGGCACAACUCAAAGUAUGAAGAAGACCAUCGGGCACCGGGGUGUCGAGACUACCACCGGAGAGACCACUUACAAAAAGACCACGUCAUCUGCCCUAAAGGGUGCAAUCCAAUUGGGCAUCGCGCACACAGUCGGCAGCCUGAGCCAAAAGGCAGAGCGAGAUGUUCUUAUGCAAGACUUUGUGGUGGUUGAAAGCAUCUUCUUCCCCAGCGAAGGGAGUAACCUGACUCCUGCUCAUCACUACAGCGACUUUCGCUUUAAGACCUACGCUCCUAUCGCUUUCCGCUACUUCAGAGAGAUGUUUGGCAUCCGGCCAGAUGACUACCUGUACUCCCUGUGCAACGAGCCGCUGAUCGAGCUGUCCAACCCGGGAGCCAGCGGGUCCCUGUUCUACGUCUCCAGCGACGACGAGUUCAUCAUCAAGACAGUUCAGCACAAAGAGGCCGAGUUCCUCCAGAAGCUCCUGCCGGGUUACUUCAUGAAUAUAAACCAAAACAAGCGCACCCUGCUGCCUAAAUUCUACGGACUUUACUGCGUCCAGGCCGGCGGGAAGAACAUCCGCAUCGUUGUGAUGAAUAACCUUCUGCCCCGGAUCGUCCCCAUGCACUUCAAGUACGACUUGAAGGGCUCCACCUAUAAGAGGCGAGCUUCUCCUAAGGAACGAGAAAAGGCCGUCCCCACUUACAAAGACCUGGAUUUUAUCCAGGACAUGCCUGACGGCCUGCUGCUGGAAGCAGACAACUAUAACGCCCUGAGCAAGACUAUUCAGAGGGACUGCUUGCUUCUGCAGAGUUUCAAGAUCAUGGACUACAGUUUGUUGAUGGGCAUCCACAACAUGGACCAAGCAAGUCGAGAGCGGGAGCGUGGCGGAGGCAACUCGGGGGACAGCGUGGCAUUGGAGGGUCCGGUGACCCCAGACCAGCGUCGGCCACAAGCCCAGAAAAGUUUGUACUGUACGGCCAUGGAGUCCAUCCAGGGGGAAGCUCGAGGGAAGGGAGCUCUGGAUUCAGAAGACCAUGUGGGAGGUAUUCCAGCUCGCAAUGUAAAAGGAGAGAGGUUGCUCAUCUACAUUGGGAUCAUUGACAUUCUCCAGUCCUACAGGUUCAUUAAGAAGUUGGAGCACUCAUGGAAAGCACUGGUCCACGAUGGGGACACUGUUUCAGUUCACAGACCGGGUUUCUAUGCGGAGCGUUUCCAGCAGUUUAUGUGCAACACAGUUUUCAAGAAAAUUCCACUUAAGCCGUCGCCCUCUAAGAAGAGUCGUGGUGGAGGUCAAGGAGGGCUUAGAAGAGCCCCCACGCUGGGGGGUCCCACUCCACUCUCCCACACAGCAGGACAGUCCUUUGGCGACUCCAGACUGGUGUAUCACAGCCAUUUCAAAAGCACAGAGUCAGAGGCUGACAGCGGUGUUCAGUCAGACAAACCAGAUCUGGUUCCUAGGACGCCCCCACCGGCAGACAACCCUUCUGACGCUGAGGCCAAUCUGUCCACCUCAUCACUAGGCAGCACGGGAGUCGGCUCUACCUCUCCUCCACUGCGAUCCGUUGGAGUAGAAGUGCACAAAUCAGCCAACACAGACCCUGACCAGGGAACCUUCCACAGUCUGGGGGCGGAAGCGGCCGCUGACAAUUCAACCAACCUGUCUGGAAAUGAAGAGGUAGUUUCUCUCUCCGACAUCAUCCCAGAGACUAACAUCUGUUUUUAAAAAAGAAGAAGAACAACAACAAAAAAUGAACCUGGCCGCAUCUAUGAGGAUGAGGCACUUCUGGAAUGCGAGGAGACAGUUGGAAGUAAGAACAACGUGAAGGAAAGUCAUCUGUCCAAGACAACCCCUUCAUAGCACCUGUUACUUAGUCGCCCUUCAGUAUAGACCCGAGCCGCUCUGUGAACAACCACAACAAGGAGAGGAGUAAGGAAAAGUAAGGAAGUGGUGGGCUUUACAAGCCAUCACUUCUGCCACUGUGUUCUCAUGUCCGUCCACAGAUGUCCCAGAGAGAAAAAAAAAAAAGCAGCAGAAUCACUUCGGCUAAAACCCAGACGUCCCUUCAUGUGUGCGACGACCCGUUGCACAGAAUGAGACGGUUGUGUAAUGCGCUGAGGCGAGUCCUCCUGUCUGUUACAGGCAGAAGGAAGAGCUGCGAUGGGGUCGAUAAUUCAGUAGAAGCUUACUGAGCUCAGACAUGAAGGGAAAACCUGCGUGGAUGGAGACGGUUUCCCAUCUGCUGUUUAAAUAGGUUCUCAGUGCGUGAUUUUAUUUUUUACACCCUCUGUACCUCUGAUCAGUCGAGACACUCUGAACUGACAAUGUAGUCACUAGAAAUCAUCCGGUCAAAUACUUGCUGCUCGACUCCACGGUCACAUAUGCAUUUCUUCCCUGUCGGUAUCUGUGUACAGUAUCUGUAUGGACUCAGAUGUGGACGGGUCGGACCGAACCUGAGGACCAAGUCCUCUUUCACGUUUUGAAUUAUUCUUUUAGACGCCUCAGCGGCACCACUUAGACCUUUGCUACUGAUGAAUGUAUUUUUACGUUUUUCUGAAGUAGAAGGCGUCUUACUAAAACAUCCGACCGCCCCUCCUAAUGCGACCGUGUAUGCUGGAGUAGGAAGACGUACAGAGCAAAGCGGUUGCAGCAUUGCUGGAUAGUAGAUGCUGUUAAAUUAAGUGUUUUUUUAUUAUUAUCUAUAGAAUUGUAGUCAUUUUUAAGUUAUUGUCUAACUGUCAUGUUCGGUGCCUUGUGUGUUUUUCUUUGACCUUUUUAUGUAUAGCUGACAUUUUUUGAAGGUUAGUGCCGUAGGUUGCACACAGAACCUGCCUUAUCACUACUGCUGAUGUUCAUCAUCCUGCCAUUUGUAUGUCCCAACUAACCAGUCAGCUGUGAAGGUUUACAACCGUUUCAGAUUUUUAAUGCAAACACUAGCUGUCGCCAGUGUGGUCGAUCUGUUUCCCGACUUCAAACAGUUAUUCAUUUCUGCUGGUUACAGAAAUAACAACCGACCCACAGCGAGUCUUGGACCAAUAUUACUGAGUUUAAAGGGAUUGUUUAAGAUUUUCGGAGAUGAGGUUCUCCUGAAAGGUUAGUAGCAGUAAAUAUCUUCCUGGCAGUAAAUAAUUGUCUUGGCAUCUUUAUUUAGGAUAAAUCCAGAUUAGUUGAAGCUAGCUGCUCGUCUGAGAGAGCCCAAGACCAAAGAGGAUUUCUUAAAACAGCUACAAUCGAAGAAAUGUUCAUGAAGGCACAUCUUGAGUACAGGAGCUUUUUCUGUUUAGCAGGGACUAUUGGGUGCGGUUAUGUGGUGGGAGAGUGCUAAUGAUUUUAAAUUGGCUGUAUUUUGCUCAGGAUUACAACUCAGUCAUAUUGAGUUAGUAUCUGUUAACAUAAAACUGUGAUAAAGUUUUAGUAAAAUGUAUUUAUUGUCAGCUGUGGGUGAAGGGGAGAUACCUCCUCCAGUCUAAGUAAUGUUUUAGGGUUUUAAAAGCUGUGUAUUUUCUAAGGCACAAAUAAAACAAACACAGCCUCCGGAGCAAAUGCUAAAUUAACUAGAUUGGUAAUUUCAAGAAAUCACUUGCAGUAUACAUUGAGCUAUUUUGAGUGCAUUAUAGCCAAAGUACCUUCUAUGUACCUAAAUCAGAAUGCUAACUAGCAAAAUGGGCUUAAAUCUACCCUCUAAAUGGUGACAAAGUGCUUCAUAUAGGAUGCCUGGUAUGUGGAAUACGGAUCAACCAGAAUAAGCGGGAUACAUACGCCGCAUUGGCUGCAUUGCAACAGGAACAAUGAGUUAACACUUAAAUUAACAGCUCCGUCGCCAGUUUUCUUGCUUUAGAAGCAAGAAAGUGUUUAAAAUAGCUCUAAAUUGGCAAUAUCUACUUUGUAGCAACUUUAUAUACGUUAUAACGUAGAAUCACUUUAUUGCUAAAUAUGUCCGUGUUUGUUUUAUGCUGGGAGCCUCCUUCCCACAAUCAGCUUUUGAGCGAGACACGGUCAACAUUUCUACUGUAGGACAGAAUUUGCCCUGUUUUGGACCGUUCUGGGUUCAUUAAUCUGCAUUUAUGAUAAAUGAAGAAACCCGCUGAGUUGUCUCCUGCAGGCCACAUAUUAACCGCUCAGAACCCUUUAGAAGAACCUCAUUAAAAAAAUCCUGUACUGAUCAGAUCAGGGUAUUUUUAAAAAAGCCUUGGUGUUUAUAUACAAAACAUCUGGUUCCCUUUAUUGUUUAGAGCGUGAAAUAGUCGUAGGUAGUUGGUGCGAGUUUUCAGAAGGGAUUUCUGCUACAGAAAUUAGAUUUAGUACCUAGCGAGUGUAGCAAAACUUGACAUCAUCUCAUUUCCUGUCAUUGUUUAAAGCGCGCGUCCUAUGCAGGCGAGGGGGAGCCGGAGAAACUAAUCAGGAGAAAGAACGGGGUUAAGGGUGUAGGUCUUUUUGUAUUCACGGCACCAAAGAGAGGAGCAGAGGGGACGUGUUGGGAGUGCGUCUAAGUUGAAGAUUCUGUGAUCCACUCCUACUUGGAUCCAUGUGUUUUUACAUGAUAGAAACACAGAGUUAUUCCUGUGUUUUAAGGGUUUAUAAAGAAACUGGAUGUUUGUUUUUCUCCUGAACCAUUUCAUUUCGGAAAUGCUGCGUCUGUUGUGAAUCCGUUAAAUUUUUUAUAAACUGUUUUUUCCGUUAUCAUACAGUUCAUUUCAAACGAUGACUCCACAUUCCUGUACAACUUCUUUACACUAGAGCUGUGGUAGCGCUGUAGGACCUGCUAUUUCCCACCAUGGUGUUCUGUGAACGAUGUUCUUCAAGUAUUUAUGCUGAAAUGUUAAAUAUUAAUCAUUUGAAACGCAUCAGUUGAGUUGUGUUGGCUGAGAGUCAGACGGCCACCAAAAUAGCACUCCAAAUAUCUGAUUGUGAUUUUAAAAAGUUCAGGUUGUGUUUUCCAUACCUGUUUUAAUGGAAGUUUUUUUGUAUUAUUGUUACUUUUUUUUCUUUUUGUUUUACUGUUUCUUUAAAUCUGUAGUGGUUAGUUUCUGAAUGAAGACCAGGUCUGAGAUUUCCUACCACACUAUAGCACAAUAGAAACAUCCUUUGGUGCUUUGAGGGUGCAGGCAGGUGGAGACACUACAAAAAGUUCAAGUAAUGCAAUACGAACCGCAAUCUGCCGCCUCUCAGCCCUCUGAGGCUUAUUUAUUUAUGCGACUGAUUGCUGUAGGCUGAGAUGAUGAAAGGCUACUUAAUUUUAAUGAUUGUAAACUGACUGAAGGAUGUCUGAUACUUUAUUGCGUCCAUUGCCUAUAAAGGAGGACUAUUUGACAAUUUCACAUUUUAUAUUUCAUGUUUAGAUUGUGAUACGAUGGCUAUAUACUCUCCAUUAUGUUUCUGGCUCUUCCAUUGUUUUUCUACAUGAAUGUUUCAAAUGGCUUACGAGCCAGUGUUGCUGGUUGUCCUAUAUGCUUCAAUUACUAUAUUUUUACUGUGUAUAAAUGUGUAUAUGUACAUAUAAGUCACAGAAAUGCCUUCUCAUACAACAUGAACUGCCUGUUCCUCCUGCCAUCUUUCAGUUACAGCAUGUGGUGGUGACGUUUUUAUGUCUGAGUUAAAGGAAUAAACAUAUUUUCUAAAUCUGUA